AAUGCAUGACGUUUAGAUAAUUUCCGCAGAGUUCUAAGCAGAUAAUAAACCGCUUUACGUUACGUCAUUUGCAAAUUUCUUGGAGGCUUGGCAAAGUUCUGUCGCUCAACUAUGGACAGUGAGGUCCAGAGAGAUGGGCGGAUUUUGGAUCUGAUUGAUGAUGCCUGGAGAGAGGAUAGACUGCCGUAUGAGGAUGUGGCAGUACCCCUGAAUGAACUUCCAGAACCUGAACAAGAUAAUGGUGGGGCAACGGAAUCUGUUAAAGAGCAAGAAAUGAAAUGGGCGGAUUUGGCACUGCACUAUCUACAUGAAAAUAUACCAUCCUUGGGGCAUUAAACAUUUUUUUUCUAAUAAUAAAAAAUCUUCAUAUCAACAAGAA